CUAGAUGACUAUAAGUCACUUAUUAUGGCGCUAUCAGAGAACAAUGUCCCACGUCUCCAGCAUAUCCUUACAGUCACACUCAAGAGAGGGUCAAGCAUCUGGCAGAUAAUCAAUACUCUUGAAGAUUCCCUUGCUGGCGCUUACCGUCCACGAGGGUAUACAGGUGAUGAUCUUGAUAUGGCCAUAUUGGUAUACAAACUUGGUGGACACAGACUCUUUAUGCAUUUAGUCACUGCUUAG